CUCUUUUAUCACAACACCUCUUCGGCACGAAUGCAGUGAAAAUUGAAUAAUCCCUCGUCAUGGACAAUUUCUCAAAAAAAAAAGAAAAAGAAAAACAUGGUGGUUGGUCCCCGCGGUACAAGAGGAGGAGGAACGUGCACGAGAAUGGAAUGCGACACACCAACACAAUUAUCCGCGUACAGAGAGGAGCUCACAUUGGGGAAAAGAGAGACAAGUGAGAAAAAGAAGUUUUGUAAUUUUGCGCUUUGAAACAAAACGCAAAGUGAUCAACCGGGAGUUGAUCUCUUCAUUGCGCAAGAUCGCGCGCGGUUGGGUUUUUCGAGAAUUCCACGAGAUUGCACGCUUUGCGGAGAGAAUUCCCUCGCGGGGAUGCACUUUAGAGCCAUGGUGUAAUGACGUGGAUUACCGUAUACCCCGCGAUCUGUGGGUGGAUUGAUAGUGGAGGAAUAUUGAGGAGAGAAAGAAAAGAAACGAAAAAAAAAACGGUGAAAAUAGUGAUCUUGUGGCGAUCGCGAGGUAUUCUCUUGUGAUCUCACUCUAACACCAGGUACACCACGAUCGAUCACCCUGUAAAGGCGAUCAUUCUUGCGGGCCUUAUGUGUGUGUGGUUACCGCGAGGUGAGAAAUUUUGCAGUGCGAGGAGAUCCAAGCUACAAGAGGUUGAUCUCACAGUUCAGUGCCAGAAUGGAGAUGGUCGCGAUCAGCUUGGUGGUGUAGUGCUUGCGCGUUCUUUUCUCAAUUAAUCUCCAUUUUUGGUAGAAAUUUUUUCAACAAAUUCUCAACAAAUCCACGCAGAGGUACCUCGUUGAUGUGCAAUAGAGUGGUUUUUGUGCAGUUUUUCCCGCAUUUUCAUUGAGUUUUCCGUGCAAAUGCAUUGAGGAAUUUUUUAACCAUCAAGUAGUGUGUGUUGAGUUGAGAAGAAAAAGCAGCCAGCACUUUUCGAUGCACCAAUAUAAGAAAAAGCCAACAACCAAGUCGCGUGAAUAGUGUGUUGGAUGUUUGACGUGGUGUCUGUGGUACCUGGUGGUAGUGUUGUGUGUUUAAAAACCCGCCAAGAAGAAGGAAUUAUAAAGUUGAAAACUGUAGCAUAUAUGUAGUUGUUUGGGGCAAACAAGCACGUAUAUAUAUUAUAAAAAGAUACUGCUGGUGGAAUGUGUUUUGUUGCUAUCAAACGGAAACAGACUGGCGGAAAAAUUGAGCAUUCGUGGCUAAAGUAGCUGUUUUUCUGCAGCCACCAACAGCAGCAUUGCAAUGGUGACGAUAGAAGAAUUCACGUUGAUGUGACUAAAAAUUGUCAUCUAAAUGUUAAAAAUUUCUAUGAAGUUUUUACGAUGUCACAACGAGAUUUCGAGAAUGAACCAGAAGGAACACCAGAUUUGCCGGCCGCCAACAGAACGUUAUUCCUGGAGAAGGUGAGACAAUCAAAUGCUGCGUGCCAGAGUGGUGACUUUACAACGGCUGUGGCACUCUACACCGAUGCUUUGGCACUCGAUCCCACAAAUCACAUUCUCUACAGCAAUAGAUCCGCUGCCAGACUCAAGCAGGGACAAUUUCAGCUUGCACUUCAGGAUGCAACCAAAGCCAGAGAACUCUGCCCACAGUGGCCAAAGGCCUACUUUCGGCAGGGUGUGGCUCUGCAGUGUUUGGGAAGGUAUGGUGAAGCCCUGGCGGCUUUUAGUUCGGGCCUGGCACAAGAUCCCUCCAAUAAGCAACUCCUGGCUGGACUUGUGGAGGCGAGUAUCAAGUCUCCCCUCCGGAGUGCCCUGGAACCGACUUUUCAGCAACUCUGUGCCAUGAAACUCGAUCAAUCGCCCUUUGUGGUGAUCUCAGUGGUGGGUCAGGAGCUCCUCCAGGCGGGGCAGUACCAUUCAGCGGUGACAGUCUUGGAGGCAGCACUGCAGAUUGGUUCGUGUUCCCUGAAACUCCGUGGAUCCGUAUUUAGUGCUCUAAGUUCAGCACAUUGGGCACUUAAUCAACUCGAUAAGGCCAUCAGCUAUAUGCAGCAGGAUUUGGCGGUGGCUAAGAGUUUAGGUGAUACCCAGGGGGAAUGUCGUGUAUAUGGGAAUCUCGGCAGUGGGAAAUUCAGUCAGGGAUCCUACAAGGAAGCUCUAACUGCCCAUAGAUACCAAUUGGUCCUGGCAAUGAAGUGUAAGGACACACAGGCAGCUGCUGCUGCUCUCACGUCAUUGGGUCACGUGUACACAGCCAUAGGGGAUUACCCAAAUGCCCUGGCGAGUCAUAAACAAUGCGUGCAGUUGGUGAAACAGAUGGGGGAUCGUUUGCAGGAAGCACGAGAGAUUGGGAAUGUUGGAACGGUGUACCUGGCCAUGGGGGAAUUUGAUUCAGCUGUUGAUUGUCACAUGCAGCACCUUCGUUUAGCACGGAAGCUGAAUAAUCAGAUUGAAGUGGCACGAGCGUACAGCAAUUUGGGGAAUAGUCAUCACUACAGGCGGAGCUUCACGCAGGCCAUUCAAUUCCACGAGCAAGUUUUGCGAAUUGCCCAACAACUGGGGGAUCGUGCAAUUGAGGCGAGAGCCUAUGCGGGUCUCGGGCAUGCAUGUCGUUGCGCUGGGAUGUACAGUCAGGCCAAGAGGUGGCAUGAGAAGCAACUGGAGAUGGCCCUAGCGGCAAGGGAUAAAUUUGCCGAGGGUAGAGCUCUGUCGAAUUUAGGAAUUGUCUAUCAGCUAACACGACGGCAUGAUGCUGCUCUUAAGCUCCAUCAGGCACAUCUAGCCAUUGCCAGACAACUGCAGGAUCGUGCUGGUAUGGGAAGGGCUUUUGGGAAUCUCGGUAAUGCAUACUUCAGUGCAGGACUGUACGAGGCUGCAAUUAAAUGCCACAAACAGGAAUUAACAAUUAGCAAAGAGGUGCACGAUCGUAGUGCCGAAGGAUGUACGCAUGGGAAUCUCGCGGUAGCCUAUCAAGCUCUAGGAUCCCAUGAUAUGGCUCUCAUGCACUACAGAGCACACUUGGAUAUUGCAUCAGAGCAGAAAGAUACGGCAAGUCUUAGUCAGGCUUAUCUCAAUUUAGGGAACUUUUGGAGUUUACGGCAGGAAUUUGCUCAAGCUAUUCCCUACUAUGAGCACUAUCUGAUGCUAUCGCAGGAGUUGGGGGAUGUAGCAGCUGAAGGGAAGGCAUGUCACUUUCUGGGAUACGCUCACUAUUGCAUAGGAAAUUACAGGGAAGCUGUAAGAUACUACGAUCAGGAUCUUGCUCUGGCAAAGGAUAUGCAGGAUAAGAUGAAUAUGGGCAGGGCGUACUGCAAUCUGGGUCUUGCAAAUCUCGCCCUGGACUGGAAGGCGGCUGCAUUGGAGUGUCAAAAGUACUUUCUCGCCAUAUCGCACAUGAUGAAUCAUCUUCCGGGAAAAUUUCGAGCUUUGGGUAAUAUUGGGGAUGUUCUCAUACGGAUGGGUGAUUUGGAUGAAGCUGGAAAGAUGUACCAGCGCCAACUGGGAUUGGCACGGCAGGCAAGGGAGAGAUCAAUGGAGGCAGCAGCGUGCGGAGCUCUUGGGUUGUGCAAUCGUCUCCUGAAACGCUUCGAUAAAGCUCUCGGAUAUCAUACGCAGGAAUUGACGUUGCGUCAGGAAAUGGGAGAUGUUCCGGGUGAAGCAAGAGCUCACUGUCAUCUGGGGGCUGUUCACAUGGCCCUCGGGAACUACACGCACGCCGUUAAGUGCUACCAAGAGCAACUUGAGAGGGCACAGGAACUUCAAGAUCCCGUAAUUGAGGCUCAGGCUUUUGGGAAUUUGGGCAUAGCACGGCUCAAUAUGACGCACUACGAGGAUGCCAUUAGUUACCUGGAGCAGCAAUUAGCAGCCUUGGAGAGGAUUAGCACAGCACAAGCGCAGCACGAUCGAACACGUGCUCUGGGGCAUCUGGGUGAUUGCUACGAUGCCCUUGGGGACUAUGAUAAUGCCAUAAAAUGCCAUGAACGACAUCUACAGCUGGCCAUUGCAAUGCAGAGCUUCCGGGAUCAGGAUCUUGCUUACAGGGGUUUGGGGCAUUCGCAUCGAGCUCUGGGAAAUCUCCAGGAAGCUCUUGUUUGCCUCGAGAAGAGACUCGUUGUGGCUCAUGAAUUGGGGAGUUUGGAAGCAAAGGGGGCUGCUUACCUGGAUUUAGGGAACAUUCACAGUGCUCUGGGGAAUCAUGAGCAAGCUCUCAACUGCCUGGAACACCAGAGAGAUAUUGCCCAAGAGCUUGGCGAUCGGGUAGCACUGUCAGAUGCCACCAGUGGACUUGGGGGUGUAUUCUUCCAAAUGGGAGAUCAUGAGAGUGCGCUGAAGCUUCACAAGAUGGAUCUGGAGAUUUGCGAAGGGCUCCAGGUGAUGACACUCCAAGCUCGUGCCUAUGGGAAUCUCGCAAGUGUCUACGAGAGUAUGGGAAAGUAUUCCGAAGCUGUUCGUCAUCUUGAGAAGCAACUCUCCCUGGCGUCUGAUCGAUUGGUCAAGGCAUCUGUUUGCAUGUCCCUGGGCAGGGUGCUGCAUACAAUGAGCCAGACAUCCCAAGCAAUUAAUUUUCUACGUCAGGGAUUAGCCAUUGCACAGAGUUUGAGUAAAUCGGAGGAAGAAGCAAAGAUAAGGCAUCAAUUGGGUAUUGCUUUGCGUGCUUCGGGGGACAAUGAUAAUGCUCGUGGACAGCUGGAGAGUGCAGCACAAAUCUUGGAAGCAGUUCGUGCGGAACAGAGAUCACCCGAAGCGAGAAAUCAUUUGUUUGAUCUUCAAACAAGCUGUUAUCAUGCAUUGCAGCAGAUUCUCGUUACUCUUGGCAGGACGGAGGAAGCUCUUGUGGCAGCUGAGAGGUGUCGUGCUAGAACAACUCCCGAUGCCACAGUCACGACUUUCACGAGCAAAAAAGGAUCAAAUCUGGCCUGCAGUGAGAAUAUCUUUGACACUGUGAAUAGGAGCAAAUGCAGCGUGAUUUACUUCAGUUUAGCCGGAGAUGAAUUAUACACGUGGUUCCUGCAGCCACAGAAGCGUAUUGUUCGCUUCAAUAGUGCCAAAAUCAAUGAGACAACCCUACAGUUCAGUGGGACACAGCAGCAGCCCGGAAAGGACUCAUCAACACUCCUUGAGCAGUACAUCUACAUGGUGCGUGAGAGUUUGGGGGUGAAUGCGGCAAAUCAGGAGGGGGAUGGAUGGAGAUCAUCUGAGAAUCUCCUUGAUGAUUUUGCCAGUGAGAGAGCUGGAUUCCUCAGAAUGGUCAAUAGGAAUCAUCUGCUAAACUCCAGCAACUACAGUUUGAGUUCUCUCUUCAGUUUGGGAAGUGUUGGGGGAUCAGUGGCAAGUUUACAGGGAUCAACGCGCUCCAUUGGAAGUCUCUCACGACGUGUACCCAUCAUGCCAACGUGGCAGGGUCCAGCGUGUCUUCAUUCCCUCUAUAAACUCCUCCUGGCGCCAUUUGAGGAUCUUCUUCCUGACAGUGCGACAACUGCUCGUGUGGGAAGACGCGAUCUUGUCCUGGUGCUGGAAAAUGAAUUGUACUUGGUGCCAUUUGCCGUGCUACGAAGUGGGCAGGAAGAUGGGGAAUAUCUAUCGGAACGCUGCUCCCUCAUCACAGUGCCAUCCCUGACUACAUUGCGGCAGAAGAGUCGUUCUCGGAAUCGCGAAGCAGCUGAAAAUCUCAAUAGUGCCCUCGUUGUGGGUGGUCCACGUAUCCCCACAUCCCUCUCGGAGACAUGGGGCUGGUCUGAAUCCCCGGCAUCCCUUCAGGAGGCUGCAAUGGUGGCCGAUAUGCUUCAUGCAAAGGCACUGUGUGCUUCCACAGCCACCAAGGAAGCUGUUGUGGCGGAACUUCCGGGUGCUGAGUGCGUCCAUUUUGCAGCAAAUGUUAGUUGGAAAUUGGGAGCAGUUGUUCUCAGUCCGGGUGAUGUGAUUGAUUCACAGAAGAGAUUCUUUCCCGCAACGGGGAAUGAAAUUGAGAAUGAUGAAGAGAUCAGUGAUCUCUCAACGUCAAACAUGGAAAUCCCUCCACUAUCGGACUUUAUUCUCAGUGCUGCUGACUUGUUGAAUAUGAAGCUCAAAGCGAAAUUAGUUGUACUCAGUUCGUAUCAUUCCAUUGAACCCAUUAGUGGGUCAGGUGUUGCCAAUUUGGCCAGUGCAUGGCUUCUGGCAGGAGCUGGAGCAGUUCUCGUAUCACUCUGGCCUGUUCCCGAGACUGCUGCAAAGAUUCUCCUGAGGGCAUUCUAUUCGGCUCUACUGCAGGGAGCUGCUGCAGCUAGUGCCCUCGCUGAAGCCAUCUCCACUGUCCAGAACACAAAACAUUUUGCCCAUCCAGCCAAUUGGGCGGGAUUCCUGCUUAUUGGUGCCAAUGUGAGAUUAUCCAAUAAAGUAGCUCUAAUUGGGCAGGCUCUGUGUGAGCUUGUUAAGGCACCGGAUAAGUGUCGGGAUGCCCUACGUGUAUGCCUGCAUCUGGUCGAGAAGAGCCUCCAGAGGAUUCAUCGUGGGCAGAAGAAUGCCAUGUACACCACGCAGAAGAGCAUAGAUAAUAAGGCAGGACCAGUUAGUGGGUGGAAGGAUCUUCUCAUGGCUGUUGGGUUUCGUUUUGAACCCUCCGCCAAUGGGAUUCCUUCGAGUGUUUUCUUCCCACAAUCCGACCCGGAAGAUCGUCUCUCACAGUGCUCAGCAAGUCUCCAAGCUCUCCUUGCACUGUCAGCCACAACUCUUCAUGCGCUAUCGAAAGUGGUCAAUAGUUCAGAGAUUGCAGAUGACAUCAUUGCCGUCUUGAGAAAUGUUGUCGGUCAAUUCCCAUCAAAGGGCAGUGGUGAGCUGGAAACACAAGUCGAGAUUCCACUCAGUGUCCGUCUGUGGAGAGUUUCCGGCUGCCACGAAUUGCUCGCAUCGCUGGGAUUUGAUCUGAUGGAAGUUGGGCAGGAUCAGGUGACACUGCGAACGGGAAAAAUGGCCAACAGGAGGAAUUGCCAGUUUGUCCUCCAAGCGCUUCUUGCACUAUUCGAUACGCAAGAAGCACCAAAGAGUCUAGGGCUGGAAUCCAGCGAAGAGUCAUUGAAUGAAGAUGGAUGCUCCGAAGUGGCUGAUGAAGCUCCCGUUAGCCCAGAAAAUCCUCCUCCAUCCAAACGAAGUAAUUCCCCAAUUGGACCUCUCGUUAAAUCCCAUUUGACGCUCUCUCGACCACCUCUACCCAUCCGGAGGGUACCAUUUUUGAGUUCUAAAAGUGCCUUCAUCUCGUAUGUACGUCGCCGUGGGGAACCCGAUGGUGGACGAACUGAUUCCUCAGAUGUGCCAUCAAUUUCAUCGUCACAAGUUCUCUCAGCGAGUACGUUGGAUUCAAGUUUAGCCAAUACGACGGAUAGUGAGUUGUCCAGCGAUGGAUAUGGGGCACAAACACUCCCCAAGAAGCUGUUUGGUGGCUACACAACGCUGCAUCAUGCCUCAGAUUCCAGUGCGGUAGCUGAGAGCAAUGUCUCCCAAGCAUUGGCUCAUCAGACGCGGAUUAGGAGUCUCUAUAGUGGCCCCGUGGGAGCAGAUGGGGGUGCACUGAUGGCAGGAAGGCCGGAUAGUUCGAGUAGUGCGAGUAGUACGACUGAUUGGGAGGGAUCAGGGCAUGCCACAGUCCUCAGGCGGGUUAAUCAGCAAAAUCAGACACUGCCACCAUUGCCACCGCCACGGCAGCAAUUGCCUCUAGUCGAUCUGGCGCCCCUUGCGCCAGUUUACAACAAUCUCGCCCCCGUGGUGGGUGCCCUUGAUGCCGGGGCAGCAGCUCUGGACUCCACAAGUUCCGAUUCGGAAUUCGAACGGGGUGCCUUUGGCUUUGGGACACGUUCCCGAGGGAAGCUAAAGAUGCCCCUUGGGAGGAAGAUUUCCGAAACAAUUGGCUUUAUGGAUAGGUUGAGUGUGCGAACUGAGGUAUCCCCGGGGCAGGCAGCUCCAGUUCCUGGAACUUCUGGAGCAUCUGGCCAGGGGACCUCAGCGGGCGGCACAUCGUCAGGGAGGAAGAUGAAUUUGGCCGAUGAAGCUGCUGCAUUGACACUCCACAGUGCAAGUUUAUACUUUACCCCGGAGAGUGAUGAAAAGGGCGCCGCUGGGGGCUCAAGUACGGCCAAGGAGGUGCUGAAAACAUCGUAUCAACCGCCAAAGAGUAUGCAGGAAUCCCUCCUGAGGCAUAUGAAUCGCGAAAUGACACCCACAAUUAGUGAGGUCUACCAUGAAAGGAAUAUCGGAUUGGGCUUAGCACCGCCACUGUCGAAGCUCCUCCUCAGCAAAAGCUACAGCUUAGAUGAGGCAGAACCCAGCAAGGCAUCGUCGUCUUCGUCGAAAACCUCAACUCUUGUGGAUGCUGUGAGUGAAAUUGAUCUCAGUGCUGCUGCAAGUGCUGCCACAAUUCCCGGACCAUCGUCCGUCACGGGAACUGUCUGUUCCGUUUGCAAUGCCCCAGCAGAGCUGAUGUGUACGUGCUCCGAUUCCCCUGGGGGUACACCCAAAACACCCAUUUCUGUGCCAAAAAAGUCAAGCCUCAAGCCGUGGCUGAGUACCGUCAAUACGAGCCUCGUGAAGGCCUCAGACCUCACCACAGCCGACAUUCUCGAGCGCCAAAAGAUCAAAGCCAACAUCCAGGCCGUCACGCAUGACGUCUCAACAGCCGGCCUCAAGGACAAGCGCAACGGGAGCCCCUUUAGUGAACUCUCACGUCGCGACGAGGGCGAUGGACGCUCCGUGAGUGAUUCCCAGUGUUCGGGGAGUUUUAAGAAUGACCACAAAGCCGCUGCCCAGCAGCAGAGUCAGCGUGUUACAAAGUUCAGCCUUGAAACACUCUAAUUUCGAAAGAAAAAUUAUGAAAAAAAUUUUCUCUGUCACUUUAUUAAGAAUUAAUAAUUAAUGUAUAAUUUGUAUUUAUCUCCUCUUAUCAAUUAUAUUAAAUUAAUCUACUUAAUGUGUAAUUAAUUCACGAGGUCGUUUAUCAUUUUUUUUUAUCAUUUCCAUCUUUCUUUUUUAAAUAACUUUCCUUCAUUCUCAUGUUUUUUUUUAUUUCAUUAAAUUUAUAUAUACUUUUAUAUAUAGAGCUUUCAAUAAAGUUUUUUUUUAUUAUUUUACUUCUGUAUCAUUUUUUUGUCAUCAAUAGUUUAGCAAUAAAUUAUGUCUCGAUUAA